UAGAAGUAUACCUAGGCAGAUUACACAUGUGUAUGUAGGGCUAAACAGGUGAGCUAUGUAAAAUGUCAGGACAGAGUUUAUUCGUGGAUGUACCAGGAUUUGAGCUGCGACAGAAGCGAGAAACUUGAUGGAGGGCACAGCUGUAGAUACAGGCCCACGUCACUUGCUUCAUCUUGAUCAUGAACCCAUCGAACAGCGAACAUAUGAACUCCUCCUCCCACCAGAUGGCACCAACAGCAAACAGCCAAAAGUUCGCAAGGUGGCAGCAGGUCCUCCCCUACCAUCAUACAAAGGCUUUAGCGAGACUGAAGUGAAGUACAAACAUGCAGAGCCCAAGCCAGUCAAAACACAUGAUAUUCGUAAAAAGGAGAAGCGGAAGAAGACCAGCUUCAAAUUACAGGAAAAGAAACCAGAUUUUUUUGAUGAUGGGAAGAGAAGACAAAAUAGCUGACAAACCAAAGAAGAUGACACGAGUAAUUGCUUCCAGCUCAAGGAAACCUAGCAAACAGGAGGCACAGAAGAAAGAAAUCAUCACCACAUCGUCAUGGAGAGCAGGCCAAGAAUUGGUGUUACGUGAACUGGGACCAAUUAAAGUCCGCCGAACAUCACAGACCUCUCAGACAAGUGACCCACCAGAUCAAGCCAUGCAUGCAGCAGAAUUAGCUGAUGAACGAGAUGCUGAUUUCAAGAUGCAAGACUUUGAAGCCAACAAGGAACAUGCAUCCUCCACUGCAGCUGAACUUGAGCGAGCACGUGUACUGUCAGAGGAGGCUCGAAGGGUCCUCAGUGACCUCAACUAUGGUUCAGAUGAGGAUGACAUGACAGGAAAACAUGGUGAUGAUGCUAGACACAGAAGUCGCAAGUCAGCAAUUAAAAGAAAAGCCCCUAAAUCUACCGAGACGGAGAAACAGCAGCCUAUAGCCAAGCAACGUCACUAUGACGCCAAGGAAGUGAGACGUUAUAUACAGCAGCAGAAGCGUGCAAGGCUUCGCCAACAACGUGAGGACGAACAAAAACAGAAAGAGGCAGAUAAAGUUAAACGCAAGCAGUUAGAGGAACUGUACAACAAACAGAAACAGUCAGCUGUGACCUCGGCCUCGCACACCAAAAAGGGAAAGGAUGUUCCUGAACGUCGUGAUGGGCGACAGAGUCGCCACCGCGGUGAUGAAACUUUUAUUCAUCCGGCUAGUCUGGCUGAUCUUCCAAGACAUCAUCCUUUCCAUGAAAAUAGACAGAGAAUGGUGGUGAGCAGCGAGUCAGAGAAAGAAAACAGAGGAAUUUGUCACUCAGACGAGGAGAUGAGUGAUGAUAGCUCAACGAUAACUGGGGAUUCAAUGGAGGAGGAAACUACAGAAACGGCCACCCCAAGGGUGGAAGCUGAGAAAACAAAAGUGAAAUUCACAGGAAAAACUAAUGACAAGGACAGUGAAACGGUGCCAAAUAAUUUUCCAGUUGAUGGGGAAAAUAAUAUUCGAAAUGUUGGUGGAUUUACGUUUAAUGUGGAGGGAGUGAUGAAUAAAUUCUCUCAAGCACUUCAUAGCAAAGGGGAGCAACUCUCCUCAAACUCUGGGGUGGGGGGAUCUGUGCCAUCUGUUAAUGGAGGCCUACAUGCAGCACCUGAUGGUGCGGUGGAACUGCCACGAACUCGUGCCGACAGAAUACAGGCAAUAAAAGCCACUGCUGCCACACUGCAGAGCCGUAUUCAAGCAGAGGCUCGUAAAAUUACCGGCCACGAUGUCGAAGGUGGUGCAAGUGCUGCCAAUCCAAAUCCUAACUCUCGAUGGGCAUUACCGCGGGCCGGAGGAUCUGAAGACAAUGAUGCGUUUGUGUCGCGCUAUGAAAAGAUGAUUGGUGCUGAUACCAAUUACUCUGUGUUCGCCUCAAACCUGCCAGGUGCUAAACAGGCAUCUCCAGGAGAGCCAGAUGGCCUUGAUGAUAGCAGCAUAGAGCCUGAGGCCGCUGCCAUCAGGAUUCAAGCGGCCUAUCGAGGCCAUACAGUGCGGCAAAGCCUCACCUGGAAACUGCCAUCAGGCCGUACUAUGUUAGCUAGUCACAGGGAUGGACAGGAUGAUGAAGAGGAAUCCUCCAUAUCAGAAACAUCGACAUUUAGUGACAUCACAAUAACAGAAGAUUCAGAAAAUUCAUUGUCAUCACCCCCACGCAAGAUUGGUGCAGGACUACGUGACAAAGACUUCCAUGCAGCUGCCAAGAGGUCACGGCCUUCUCAGGAGAUGAACAUUCCACGACCCCAGGGUCACACAACCAAAUACUCCUGGGAAGAUCCAACAUCUGAUCCAUACUCUGUCCUCAAUGUGUUCGCCAGGCAAAAACGUAACCAAGUCAAACAGCGUCAGGGACCAGUAGGGGAGGAAAGUCGAGUGACAAAGUCCCGAGCCACAAUCCCUGUCAAGGAGGAUGAAGUGAAGCGUGAAAAAACGACAUCACAGCAGACUGCUCCAAAACCUACUCCUCGGCAAGGUGUGACAGACUCCAGAAGUCGCAGUCCAGGAGUGGGAUAUCGCCCCGAGGGUUCUCACCCUGUCGGUACAGGGCUACGCACAUCAAACUUCGCUUCUAUCACAGAAACUUUGAAAAACAAAUCCGAAACUACACAGCCAAAAACAGCAUCCGUGAGUUUCAAGAUUGGCACAGAGAAAAGUGAUGACGAUACAUUAGAGGAAGAUUCCUACAUGAAGACUGCAGACAGCGGAGAUGAUAAGAAAAGCAAGCCUUAUAAAUAUGAGAAAAGGCCUACCAAGCCCCAACCCAGAUCCUCCUCCAUCAAACCUGUUCGCAAGGAGGGCUCUGGCUCAGAUAUGGGGCGAAAAGAAGACUCUGAGAGUGAUGUCUCCUUAGAAACUGACCGACCUAGUUACUCCCUGCAUCGUCCAUCAUAUGCCACGGAUGAGACUAAUCUGAAGUUCCCCGCACGAUACUCACCAAAUACUCUGGAGCGACAAUUCAACACCGAACUCAACCAGCUGGAGAGUAUGGAAGAGAGUAUGAGACAGUUGACAAACAUGGAACGAACACGUGCUGUGUCUAUGGCCCAACAAGAGACAGUCUCACUAGCCCAGAUGCUUAAGGCACGGCAACAUGAGCACAGUAAAGAAAUGAGCAUGUUAGAACUGAAGGCACAGAGAGAGAUGCUUGAUGCUACCAAGGAGUUAAACACUGUCAGACAGAGGUCAAUGGAGGUCACCCAGACGGCUGCUGAGGCCAUAACACGACUACGUGCUGUACCUACCGAUACCAAGCAGAAGACAGGGCGCAAGGUCACAGCUGAUCCAAGGUCAAGAUCAGAGGUCACAAGCAUACUGGAAACUGACAAUAUCAGGCCACGCAAGAAUAGAAUGACAUCAUCAGCUAAAGAGUCUGACAGAGUUGUACCAGAUUCUGCACGGACAGCAACCUCUUAUACUGUGGAUAGUCGUACAGGGCGAUCAAGGGAAGUUUUAACCUCUGACAGUGUGCGUACAGCCAGUGAUACCCACAAGAACAGGGACAGCGACUCAUCCAUUCGCUCCAUCUCGGGGGCUGAAGCACACGAUGAGUCACGCUCUGAGAGUAUCGUUGAAGAUAUCUCACAAGCCUCAGGAGACGAAUACUCAGUUAUGUUUGAUGACACAAUGACAGAGGAUGAGAUGGAGGAGAAAUCCUUCAAGGCAAUACUGCCAUCAGAGAGUCAUCGCAAACGAGCAAAAAAGCAUUCGGGAGAUAAUAUGUCUGUUACCUCAGAUGAAGGCAGUGUCGCCUCAGUACCCACCACACCCAGGAUGUCUCUUGAUGACCUCAGCUCAUUUUUCACCGGGGAGGAAUCCUUCAAUAAGUUUACGGAGGAGAUGGUCCGACAGUUUAUGAGGGAGGAAGAACUGAGGGCACAGCACCAGGGUGCAUUGCUACGUCUCCGAGAGAAGGCACUUACAGAGAAGACGAAAGCUGAACUUGCCUGGCUGGACCAGCAAAGACAGAAUCUUCGCAACAAGGGCGCAGAUGACAACUACCCACAGAUCAUCAAAAGACAACGCGGACUCAAAAUGAGACUUCAGGAACAACAGGCCGAAAUCAAGCGUCUCCAAGAAUCUAACAAGGCAGCUUCUCUAGAGCGACAAAGACUUCUCAAGCAGCACACGGAGAUCAGCCGCAUGAGGAAAAAUACAAUAAAGACCAAGGAGAGGUUAAAAGGAAGUGGACGACUGGGGCGUCCAUCAGAGGUGCACACAGAGGACGAGGUUAGCAAUUUUGAUGAACACAAAGAAGGGGGAAGUGGACGAAAGAAGAAGGACUAUAAGUCAGACUCAGAGAUUUACACAGAACCAAAAGUAUCACACAAAAAGUCUGUGACAGAUGAUUCUUCAGCACUCGGCAAACUCAAGAAAAUUCAUUUUGAUGAGAGGUUCUUAACAGCGAGAGAACAGAAGUUACUGGACCGACGGAAAAAGGCGGAGGAACUGUUAAGAUGGAAGCAGCGUCUGGAUCACGAGGAAUCCAGAGUGUUCAAGAUGGAACAAAAGGCCAUCAAGAUAUGGGAGACACCCGACAACAGACGUCCAGACAAAACACCUGCCAAGGAGGAUCGUAGAUCAGCCAAGACUCCAGCUAAAACGGUCCAGGAUGACAAGGCUGAGAAAGUCCGCCAGAGAAACGAACCAAAAGAAUCUCAAACUGCCUCAACAAUGCAAGAGAGCACUAUUGCCUCUGCUAGUGUACUAACUGCCAAAGAUGACUCUGUGCGCCGUAGCGUGACCGACACCCCCAGGACUGAGAUCGCCAGUGGAAGUGAGAGUUCACCUGAGGAGAGACUUCGGGAGCGUGACAACAAAGCAUUCAACAGUGGCAGUGAGAGUUCUAUCGUAGAGGAGCUAGCCUCCAACUCUAGUGUGGACGAUGGCAGUCCAGCCACACCCAGGGUUCACAAGUCUCGGUUGUCCGGUGCAGAUGACACUAUCAUCAAUGACAGCCAGUACAACAAUGAUUCCUUCGAAGAGACAAGUGUUCAAGGCACUAGUAGCAAGCGUAGUGGUAAAUCACCUCGCUCUCCUCUAGACCGCCUCUCACAAGGUCUCUCAUGGCUGUCAGGACGCACAGUCCGUAGCAAUGGUAACCGCUCACCUUUCAGCCGUUAUCGUAGCUCUGAGAGCGAGUCGGAAGAGUCUAUUUCGCACACAGAAUCCUACACAGAAACCCAGUCAGACUUCAGUGACUAUGAGGGGCGAGUACGUGCCUUAAAUGAAGAACUGAAAAGACGCAAAGUGGAGGCAGAUAGACUCAAGAAAGAACGCAAGAAGAGGAAAAAAGAAAUACUCAAAAACAAAGAAGUAGCUCUGAAGAAACAAAUAGAGGCCUAUGAUAACCAGAUUGUCCAACUGAAGGCAGAGUUACAGAAGGAAAUGGAACAUGAACCAGUUAAGUCUAGUGUUCGGCCUCAGAUUAAACAGCCAAAAGUCAGCCCACCAAAAUCACGGCCACGGCAGGAAGUCACUACCCCAAGUAAGAAGGGAAAUAACUCUUCCAUCAGUGAAGACAGCAAGGAAGGCACAGACUCUGCUCAGAGUUCACCAUCCAUCACAGAAGAUACAAAACUGAGUUCACCAACGCCAAAGACAGCUCCCUCUACACCAUUGACCAAAGCUGGAUCAUUGGAGAAGAUUUCCGAGGCUAGUGAAUCAACAAUCAGUAGGUCAAGGUCAGACAAUACAACACAAAGGUCAUUGGCCAAACCAUUCAGAAAUGAUGAUACAUCAAUAAGAACAGAAAUAUCAGAAGAUAUUGAUGAAAAUAUUGAAGUUGCAGAUGAUAGUGUUUCUGAGCGAUCAAAAUCUGCUCUGUUACAUAUCACAAAGGAAUUACCUUCCCAUACUGCACCAAGGUCUGCUGCAUCUGUGUCACGACAAGAUGAUGAUGUUAGUUACACCGAAGACUUUACAGCUGACGAUGGUGUGUCUGCAAGACUACCUCAAAGUGCUCGUAGUGACAUCUCCGAUCACACAGAACAUAAACAGCGCACAUUCACUGAUAACAUAUCAGAGCAAAUUAGUGAAAUGAUGUCAGUGCGUUCUGAGGACUCUCAAUUCAUACAGUCUCUGGACCUCCAAGGUCGUCAGGAACAGCCUGAUGAUGGGUACAUCGACCAAAAAUCACCACGCUCCUCCUACUCUACCACCACAGCCUCACGACCAUCAAGUGGACGCUCACAGUCCAGUCAGAACCUGAAUGGGUCAUUUGACGAUUCGGAUGUUGAACCGAGUCAAGCAUCAUCAGUGCCCGUGGGUCGGGGUGACCUCCCAUCAAGGUCUGGUGAUGGUUUUUACGACGGGGGUGAGAUUGAUGAUGAAGAGGAGACUCCCACAGCUUCACCUCGUGAUGGGCCCACAACAGAGAUGGACAUUAUGGGCGACUUUAACAUAGGAGACCGCGUCCUUGUUACAGGACCCAGGGGUGUUCGCAGUCCAGGUACUCUUCUGUUCAAGGGCAAGGUCUCCUUUGCCCCGGGGAUCUGGGCUGGAGUAGAGCUGGAGGCUGCUGAUGGUAGAAAUGAUGGUUCUCACGAGGGUGUACGUUAUUUUACCUGUCAUCCCGGCCAUGGUGUUCUGGUUCCAGGAGACGAUCUCAUGCCAGCUCCUGCCAUCAGGAGUCCACGUCGAAGUGUUGCAAGUUCACAUGAUGAUGAAUCCAUCACAACCGAUGAUCAGGAUGAGUCGGACCUCAUUAAAAUCAUCAGUGAAGUAGAUAACAGUGUGUCCAAUUUCAGUGAAGGAUUUCCAUCACCAAGAUCAUCCACUGAUAGAUUACAUCAGAAGGAGGCUCUCACAGACACCAUCACUGAUCAAAUUCUUAUGGAUGUGGUCAGGGAUGACAUGAAUACUAUCAAUAGAAUUCAGGACAGAAAGGCAUCCCCGCCUGCUGUGGCACAAAAACCCAGCAAACGACCAGACAAAGACGGUGCUAGCACACUCCACAUGAAUGGCAAUGUGGACAGUGAUGGUGAGAGAGACAUCAACCAGAAUGAUAAGCGCUCACAAAUGACGGAAAAAUUAACCAAAAACUUACUGAAUGAUGCAAUAAAUGACAUGAUUACAAUUCGUAAUAAACAACGAGACCGUCAAGAACCUCCGCGUAGUGGGAAUCGUGACCAGUUUUCGUCUGGUGAAGAACCCCAGACAUUUUCUCCGACAGAGGUUGAGCAUAUGUGGGGGAGGGGUUCCCCAGCAGAUAACCAAGAGAAUCCUCCACGCCCAGUCUCCCCAAUUCCAGGCAGCACCUCACGAGCAACAAAGGAAGGAAACAAGGAAUUGGACCAGGACUUGAAUUAUCUCCUGUUUGAUGAUAAGGCAGAUGAGUACAUCGAUGAUGAUCCAAUCAUACCGUCUCCAACGAUGAACCAGCCCCCUCCUCCGUACCCAGGCCUGCAGCCAGAAUUAAUACUGGAAACUGGAAACCUAGACUUCCAUCAGAUACAAGAGGAUGUGUUUUUCUCUGUUCCACAUGAGCGUCAUGAGAUAGAGGAGGUGGUGUCUAGUGCUGUGGAUGUGUUCUGGAACCAACGUCGGUAUGGAGAGUCCUUGGAGGGCCUGGAACCUCCGGAAACCUACUUCUCUACGGAGGAUAACAACAACGAUGUAGACAGUAAAAGUCGGCGUGUUUUUGAGAAAUUGCUUUUCGAUUCUACAGGUGAUAUUAUACGUGAUAUUUAUAGGGAAGAAGAUCAGGAUGGAACGUGUGCCUGGAAACAAACAAAACGGACACGACAGAAAUAUUUCAGAGGUGCUAAUCCCCCAACAACAAUAGACGUAUUAAAACCAAUUGUUCAGAAGGCUGUGAUUGAAAUUCUAGGAUUGAAUGGUUCUCGGAAAGUGGACAAAAAUCGGUGGAGUGUACGGAAAAAGAAGGAUCAUGUUGACAAUAUCUUGGUGGAGGAGCUGAGAGAGGAGGAACCUGAUUGGGUGAAUUAUGAUGACGAUGAAACUGCUGUUAAAAUGCAGCUAACAGAGGCCAUUUUCGAAACAUUGUUGACAGAUACUGUGCAGACAAUGAAUAAAAUAUACCGCAAAAAACAGAUGUUAAGUCAACAGCAACAGUGACUAUGAAAUGGCUCAACUGGUAGAUAGACACUGCACGCCAAAUAGUACGCCAAACGGGGCACACAGGCAUAGUAGUAAUAGGUAUUAUGCCAAAUAUAGAAUGAAUUGGCAUUGAUGUACGAUAAUGCCGAGUAGCAGACAAAUUGGCAUACUGUACCUCAGUACAUGCCCAAUGUUAGAACUUUGUGCUAGAAAUAUUUACCAUCAGUGGAAGGCUGGAUGAACUAUACAUGUUGGGAGCUGAUUAUUUAUUAUAAAACAGUGCUAUUGUCCAGUAGUGUAGUGUGACACUUCUGCCUUAAAAAGCACAAAAUUGGCUUUCUAUAAAAAUGUUCAAUUUUUACAGCAUAGGUGCACAUGCCCCCAGUCUGCUUCCAAGACCUAUACCUACAGAUGUAUUCAAAUCAUCCCUGGCCAUGAUAUCAUCCUCAGUCACACAAGUCAAUCAUGGUCACUCACAUAUCUACAUUCCACCAGAGUCGAGUGUAAAUGCUAUGUAGGAGAAUUGUUUAGUACAUAAUGUGUUUUAUUCUGUAUGCUGUGCUUGGAAACGAAAUCAUUUGGAUGCAUAAACACAAUUUUUACUGAUAAAAAAUGUCAACAAAUCUGCAUUUUCAG